CCGAGAUUUCAUGGACAUUAUGGAUAUGCCAAACACUAAUAAAUAUUCCUUUGAUGGAGCGAACCCUGUAUGGCUCGACCCUUUCUGCAGAAAUCUGGAAUUGGCAGCACAAGCUGAGCACGAAGAUGACCUUCCUGAGAACCUGAGUGAAAUCACUGACUUGUGGAAUAGUCCCGCCAGGACCCAUGGAACCUUUGGACGAGGUCCUUCAGCUUCCAAGCCUGAAGAAGAUCGCUAUCUGAGGGCAGCUAUCCAGGAAUAUGAUAAUAUUGCAAAGCUAGGCCAGAUCAUGAGAGAAGGGCCUAUCAAGCUGAUCCAGAAUGAUUUGGAUGAGGAGGAGGAGGAGCAAAGGAGCCCCAGUCAAGGGAGUCUUCGCUUUCGGCAUCAGCAGCCCAUUGAGCUCAAGGGGCCCGAUGGGAUCCACGUGGUCCACGGGAGCACAGGCACACUCCUAACCUCAGACUUCAACAGCCUUCCUGAGGAUGACCAGAAAAUACUGGCUCGCUCCUUAGAGACACUGACUGCUGAAGGUGGGCCCUACUGUGACAGAAACGCUCGCACUGAGUCUGCCAAAUCCACCCCUAUGCACAAGAUGAGAGAAGUGAUCAUGGAGAGCCCACUAGAAAUCACAGAGUUAUGACUAGAAGUGGCAUCACUGGUGUAGCCCUCCAAGGGAUCCUGGGCCUACACAGACUCCUGCAGCAGGAGCACUGACUAAAAGACAAGAGAAGAAAAGAGGGUGGGGCCACCAAUGCCAGGCCACCUCUUGUUCCAGAGUAAAUCUGACCAAGAUAGACAUUAUUUUGUUAUAGCAGCCCUGAGGAGCCUAGCUCCAGGGAUGAAGGCUCUCAGGACCAGGCGCUCACAUGAUUUGACUCGUUCUCUUAAUUUUGUUUUCUAAAUAUAAAGUGUUUCAAGUAAAAGCUAUGGGAGGCCCUGGGACAUAAACCUAAAGCUAGAAUUGCAAUAAUCAUGGUGCCAUGUUCCAUCAGUAGAGUCAACAAGGCUCUGCAACAGGUCCUCAGUUAGAUCAAUGUGUUCUCCCACCACCAUGGUGGCAGGGAAUGAUGGCUACCGACUGAACGCAGCUAAGAUGAUUCUAGGAUUAUCCAUUUGGAUCUCACACGACAGUUGUGUGAUAAACUUCAGGAAGCUCCAUAAAUCUGUUCAGCAUUAAUCUGUGUUGUCACGUUUCCCGAAAAAGAAAAGAAACCUGAAGCCAUGUUUUCAUUUUGCUGGCUUACCAAAACAUUUCAGCAUCAAAACAGAGUGACUAAUUAAGGUUCUGAAUGUCAGAGUGUUUGUGUGUAAUUUUUUUCUUCUUUUGUUUCAAACAAUAAUGUGGUGAGAGUUUUUGGAAUGGUCUGUCAAAGGAACCAGAAAUACAUUAUA